GACUUGAUCGCAGCCGUCUUCAAGCAGCUGGACGCCGACAACGACGGCAAGCUCAGCCAGAAGGAGAUGCGCAGGUUCGCCGAGCAGACGGGCUUCCAGGGGGACGACAACACCUGGGCCGCCGAGUACAGGACCGGAUGCCUGUGCGGGGGCAUCGACAGCGGGGACCUCAAGAGGGUCGACCUCGCGUUCUUCUCGAAGCUCGUGAACGACAGGUCGGCCGACACGGGCUGCUACUGCAGCGACGACGAGCUGCACGCCAUGCUGACCAGGCUCGGCGGCCAGCUGCUCGUACCCGCGGGUCCAGUGGGCGCACUGCCCAAGGCCGUCCCAGGCGCGGUGCCCUUCCCGAUGUCGACGUACCGGUCAUCGCUGGUGCGCUCCGUCUUCGACAAGCUCGACCUCGACAGGGACGGCCGGCUCAACCAGGGGGAGAUGCGGGCAUUCGCCGGGCACACGGGGUUCCAGUGCAGCGAGCAGGUCUGGGCCGGGGAGUACAGGCAGCUGUGCUCCGACAACGGCAGAAUACCCGAGGACCCUCGGGACGGGGUCGACUACGUGUUCUUCUGCAAGCUGGUCAACGACCAGUCGCAGGACGAGACACGGGGUGCUACUGCACCGACGCCGAGCUGCAGAUGA